AUGGCGUUGGCUUCGGAUCGCGGCGAGGCCUUGGAUGCUCCAAAGCCCACUCUUCUCGAAAGGCGAUCGAACAAUGACAAAAAGGAGAUCCGGAAAGUGGAUCCGAGUCCGAGCUCCUCCGCUGCUGGCGCAGACGCUGAAGAGCUGCAUCUGCGAGAUGCACUCGCGUGGGAUGGGGACCCUGAAGUUUGCCGAGACAUGACGCCGCACGCUCGACACAUAUCACUCGUGGAUGAGCGCCUGAGAGACGGGCCGCCCUUCGACGAUCGCCCGGCCGAAGUCCCUCUAGGAACUGAGAAUGCUUGCACUUGCACCAAUGAUGCGAACACGUGGGGCCUCCAGGUCACCCUCCUGCGCCACCAACGGGUUUUCCACCAGAUUUCUCCCCGGCCUGGACCCCGCCGUGCCUGA